GCCAAAGCCAAUUUGAACCAGUCUUGAUAGAGCCAAAGGGCCACAGAUUAAGGCUCAUUUUGGGCUGACUUAUCGAACCACUGGUGGUGCCGUAGCUGCAUUUCCUCUGUCUCUGUUUGUCUCUGUCUCUUCUCCUUUUCUUUUUCUCAGAUCGAGUCUUUUGCUUCCUGUUAAUAAAAAGGACGCGGGGCCGGCAGUCUCUCUCUCUAUCUUCCCUUCUUUCGCUCCAGAGCGGCAGACAAGUUUUUCUUUUUCUUCUCUUUGGGCUCCCUCCAUCUCGACAAGACUCCCAAUUUCACCUGUCUGCCACCCUAUCCGCAACGAUGGGCAUCCUCCAAGAUGCCCUCAGCCAUCCGACGGCGCAGCUCUACUUUGAGCAGAGCGUUGGCGCGCAAGUCGCUAUUGGCGUUGCUGGCUUCCUCGCCGUCGUCGUCUUCCUCAAUGUCGUCCAGCAAUUGCUCUUCAAGAACCCUUCCGACCCGCCUAUGGUUUUCCACUGGUUCCCCAUUAUUGGCAGCACCGUCAUCUACGGCAUGGACCCUCCCAAGUUCUUCAAGGACAAUCGUGCAAAGUACGGCGACGUGUUUACCUUUGUCCUGUUGGGCAAGAAGACGACCGUGGCUGUGGGCCCUGCUGGAAACGACUUUAUUCUCAACGGCAAGCUCAAGGAUGUCAACGCCGAGGAGAUUUACAGUGUCUUGACCACCCCCGUCUUCGGACGAGAUGUCGUCUAUGACUGCCCCAACGCCAAGCUGAUGGAGCAGAAGAAGUUUAUGAAAAUUGCUCUUACGACCGAAGCGUUCAAAAGCUACGUUCCCAUCAUCUCCCACGAGGUUACAUCAUACUUCAAGCGCGACCCUGCCUUCAAGGGCAAGUCUGGAAUUGUCGACAUCCCCAAGAAGAUGGCCGAGAUCACAAUCUUCACUGCCUCCCACGCUCUUCAGGGCAGCCUCAUCCGCAGCAAGUUUGACGAGUCACUGGCCGAUUUGUACCACGACCUUGACAUGGGCUUCACCUCCAUCAACUUUGUGCUCCACUGGGCUCCUCUCCCCUGGAACCGCAAGCGUGAUCACGCUCAGCGCACCGUUGCCAAGAUCUACAUGGAUACCAUUAAGGAACGACGAGCCCUCGGUGACGAUGACAAGGAACUGGAUAUGCUGAAGCACCUCAUGAAGUCAGUCUACAAGAACGGCACCCCUGUCCCUGACCACGAGAUUGCCCACAUGAUGAUUGCCCUUCUCAUGGCUGGCCAGCAUUCUUCGUCCUCCACCAGCUCUUGGAUCAUGCUCCAUCUCGCUCAGUACCCUCAGGUUGUCGAAGACCUCUACCAGGAGCAGGUCAAGGCCCUGGGCGCCGAUCUGCCUCCCCUCCAGUACGAGGAUUUCGCCAAGCUGCCCCUGAACCAAGCUAUUGUCAAGGAGACUCUCCGCCUGAACGCCCCUAUCCACUCCAUCAUGCGCAAGGUCAAGCAGCCGAUGCCCGUCCCCGGCACCAAAUAUGUCGUUCCCCCUUCUCACGUCCUUCUCGCUGCUCCUGGCGUCAGUGGCUCUGACCCUACCUACUUCCCCAACCCUGAUAAGUGGGAUCCUUACCGCUGGCUGCCUGGCUCUCCCAACGCUCCCCUGAUGGCCCGAAAUGACGAGGAGGAAGAGAAGAUCGACUACGGCUACGGUAUUGUCAGCAAGGGUGCGGCUUCUCCUUACCUUCCCUUUGGUGCCGGUCGUCACCGAUGUAUUGGCGAGCACUUUGCCAAUCUGCAGCUCCAGACCAUCAUUGCCGAGACGGUGCGCAUGUUCAAGCUGAGCAACGUGGAUGGCAGCAACAACAUUGUCGGCACAGACUACGCUUCCCUAUUCUCUCGACCUCUUGAGCCUGCCAAGAUUCGAUGGGAGCGGAGAGACUAAGAUGUCAGCGUCUUGAAGGGAGUGUGGAUGAGUUAACAAAAGGCAAGCAAAAAUACACCCCAGGAUUUUUUGAGUUGGGUUGGAUGCGUACUGUAUAUGAUAUCUUACGUCGGAGUUUUUGGGAUGCAUGGGAGGAAACAAAUAAAGCACAUGAUGGUAAUGGCUGCAUCAUGAACUGUAAUAACUAUUAUCACUAUUACUACUACCUAAUAACGCCAGUAGAGCUUUGAAUAGAGCUAGACGAAAAAGGAAGACGAAUAGAAGCUUUCUUACAAAAGCCAAAAAAAAGCUCCUUUUUAUAACAUCACAUGCACUCUUUCGUCCUGACCAAGUUGCCCCGAAUCGGAAAGACUGUUCUGACGCCCCGAUCUCCAUCCAAAUCGGU